CUUACCUCAAAUCCAGUCUUCAUUCCUUGUUUCUGUACUAUCAACGCAUCUCAUCAACGCAGUCGUCGGCCACACGCACGACAGCCAGUGACGCCGUCAUGGCCGGCCCGCUUGCCCAACUUCGUGUCACCCUCUUCCUCCUUGUCCUCCUCUUCCCCCUCACCACACGCGCCGAUAUCCCCCUGGUAACGCUCAGCUACUUCUCUACGCUUCCUAGCAAGCUGUUCUACUUUGAUGACUCUACUAGUGUGCUCUGGCAUGAUACCGCCAAUGGGAUCGUCUUUGUAUCAGAAGAUGAGGGCAAGUCUUGGACCCAGAGUACGGAUAUCCCCGAAGGAGAAGCGGCGAUGCUCGUCGAGCAUCCAUUCGACACCAAAGUUGCAUUCAUGCUCUCUCGAAAAUAUACACAUUACCGCACUAUCAACCGGGGCAAGACGUGGCAGACGUUCGAGACACCUAUCCCACCCGCGCUUACGAGCACACCUUUGAGCUUCCAUGCGACUGAGCCAGGGUACGUCCUUUUCCAUGGGACGAGGUGCGAGAACACAGGUAUAUGGUGGGGAAGGGAAUGCCAUGAUGAGGCAUACUACUCCCUCGAUCAGUUCUCCGAUGACCUCAAGCUUCUCCUCACCCCUAUCACCCGCUGCGUCUUCGCCCGCUCGACAAAAGACUUCCUCACUGCCCCGGAGAGGCAAGUGCUUUGCGUGGGCAUCGACGUGGAGUCGUCCGAGGGGCACGCUGUUGAGUCCUCGCGCUUGUACACUUCUGAAGACUUCUUCGACACCGAUGGUCAGAUAGUCAACUUCGGUCGUGGAAAGCAGGGGCGUGGAGUUGUCGCCCUCGGUGUUGUUAGCAAGUUCAUUGUCGUAGCGCUCAAGGACCUCGUCAACCCGGACAGCGGGGAGAUGGUCUUGUACGUAUCGGUAGACGCACAGAACUGGGCACACGCGCGUUUCCCGCAUGGGUCGGGUCGCCUCCUCGAGAACGCGUACACCAUUGUCGAGAGCACAACGCAUUCACUUGCCGUGGACGUACUCACCCACUCGCGCAGCACCGUCGGAACACUGUUCGUCUCCAACUCGAAUGGAACAUUCUUCGUCCGCAGUCUGCAGAAUACGAACCGCAAUGCGGAAGGGUUUGUCGAUUAUGAGGAGAUUGUCGGUGUUGAGGGAGUCGGGCUCGCCAACUUUGUCGCCAAUGCUGAAGAGGUCGAUGGCCGUGGUCAGGAGAAGCAGCUGCGUACAGUCAUCACGUUCGACGAUGGCUCGAGUUGGGAUCGGCUCCCCCUCCCUACCGAUUUGAGAGGGAACGAGAUCGCUUGCCCGAACGAGAACUGCACCCUUCACCUGCACUCCGUCUCGACCCCACACAAUCUCGGUCGGAUAUUCUCCAGCCCUGCGCCUGGGUUCGUUAUGGGUGUAGGGUCCGUGGGGGACUACCUCCUGCCGUACGAGGAGUGCGAUACGUUCCUGUCCUCUGAUGCGGGGCUGCAUUGGAAGAGGGUAGCGCAGAAUGCAAAUAUGUACGAGUUUGGCGGACAGGGGAGCAUUAUCGUCAUCGUGGAUGAUGAGGACUAUACAGACCACGUGCUAUACAGCUAUGAUUCUGGGACUACCUGGCACGAUCUUAAGUUCGGGGUCAAUAUCCGCGCUCGUGGCCUCACCACAGUGCCGGACUCGACCUCCCAAAAGUUCCUGCUCCUCGGCACGUUAAGCCGCAAGGACCAGAACGACGAUGGCCGGCACGUCAGUGUCUUCCUCGAUUUUGCGCCGCUGCAGAAACGGCAGUGUGGAGCUAGCGAUUUUGAGAAGUGGUAUGCUCGUACGGCUAAGGGCCACGAAUGUGUCAUGGGUCACAAGCAAUACUACAACCGGCGGAAGGCAGACGCAGACUGCUACGUCGGGCACAAGUUUGAGGAUCCUAUCGAGUUCGAAGAGAACUGUGCUUGCACAGCCUACGACUACGAGUGCGACUACAACUUCGUCAGCAUGUGCGGCAACUGUGUCGCUGCUGGCCCAGAACCUAUCCCUAGUGGAGUAUGCACCACAGGUAGGGAGAGCGAGCAGUAUCAGGGAUCGUCGGGAUACCGACUUAUCCCUGGGAAUACGUGCGAUAAGAAACUCCCGGGAGCCGUCGUCAAGGACGAGAAGGUUUUGAAGGACUGCUCGAACGCUGCUGUGCCCGAGGGUGAGGCAACGCAUCAGACCUUCCAAUUCCCUGCCCCGAUCCUGCAGCAUUUCUACUUCAAGAACUCGCCGACCAUCCUCGUUCAGUUGGAAGACCAUACCGUCUGGCAAUCACCCAACGAGGGCUAUUCAUGGACUCAGCUCCACCCCGAUCUGCGUUUCCUCGCCAUUUACAUGCAUGCAUACUCCGAUGACCGUGCAUACAUCAUCACCGAUUCCCGCAAAGUGCUGUACACGACGUCGACCGGAAGGGACUGGUAUGAGCUCGAGACGCCCACAGAUGUGAACACUUUCCGUGUUGCCUUGCUCCAGUUCCACCCUACCCGUAGGGACUGGAUCAUCUGGACCGGUCAGCAGGACUGUAAUGUCCCUGGUGGCGGAACGAGCUGCCGCACCACAGCGCACUACUCGCAGGACAAUGGCCGGCGGUGGUAUGAGAUCGAGAACUACGUCAAACAAUGUACGUGGGGGCGUGACAAGAACCUCAAGAUCGAUGAGCGGCUCAUCGUCUGCGAGUCCUUUGCUAUAAAGUCUGGCAAUAUGCGCUUGUUCGGCUUGGAGAACCCGCUUCAGCUCGUGGCAGGCCGAGACCUUUAUUCGCAGAAGGUAAAACUGUUCGAUAACGUCGUUGGGCUUGCCAAGUUCUCGGAAUACAUGAUCGUCGCCGAGCUCGGCGCGCAGAAUACGCUCGACCUCCAGGUGUCCCUUGACGGGAAGACUUUUGCUACUGGAUUAUUCCCGGCCGAGUACAAGCUGGAUAACCACGCAUAUACCAUCCUCGAAUCCAGCACUGACUCUGUCUUCCUCCAUGUGACCAUGUCGACCCAGUGGGGGGCAGAGUACGGCAGCAUCCUCAAGUCUAAUUCGAACGGAACGUACUACGGCGUCUCGCUGGACUAUGCAAACCGGAAUGAUGCGGGAUACGUCGACUUCGAGAAGAAUCAGGGGCUGGAUGGGAUCGCCGUUGCUAAUGUGCUCACGAACCCGGACGAGGCUCUCCUGACUGGGAAGAAGCGCCUGCAGACGAGGAUCACGCAUAAUGACGGAGGCAGCUGGAAACCAAUUCCUCCUCCCUCGAAGGACUCUCUGGGCCAGCCAUACGACUGCACUUCCACAAAAUGUACUUUGAACAUCCAUGGGUAUACGGAACGCCGUGAUGCGCGGGCCACUUACAGCUCGCCCGCCGCGACCGGACUGAUGAUGGCUGUCGGCAGCGUUGGGGAAGCCCUGGCAUCGUACACUGAGAGCGACAUUUUCCUGACCCGUGACGCUGGUUUCACAUGGGAAGAGGUGCACAAGGACGCCCACAUGUGGGAGUUCGGUGAUUCCGGCUCCCUGCUGGUCAUCGUCAAUGACGAGAAGGCGACUGACUACGUCUUGUUCACCACGGACGAAGGCCUGAACUGGCGGGAAUACCACUUUGGCGACACGGUGCGCAUCAACACGCUCGUGAAUGCCCCGUCAGAUACGAGCCGCAAGUUCCUUAUGUUCGGCGAGUCUUCAACCCAGGGCACUGUCGCGAUUCACCUCGACUUCACGCAGCUGACGAAGAAGCAAUGUAAAUUCGACAUCGAAGACCAGAACAACGAUGACUUUGAGCUGUGGAGUCCUAGCGAAGAGCGAGAGGAACAAUGUCUGUUCGGCCGCCAAGUUGCGUAUUACCGCCGGUUGCGUGACAGGAAUUGUUAUAUUGGGGACAUGAAGCCACCUGGCAGGCUGGUACAUAACUGUAUCUGCAAGAGGAGCGACUUCGAGUGCGAGUUCAAUCACCGCCGGAACGACGCAGGAGAGUGCGUUCUUGUAGCUGGUGCUGAGCCGCUGCCUUCAAGCAUGGCAGACCAAUGCAUGAACGGCGAGGAGUUCUGGUACGACCGUACCGCCUACCGCAAGAUUCCAUUCUCGACCUGCGAGGGUGGUGAACAACUCAACCUGGGCAAGCGACACGAUUGUCCUGGCCUGCAAGGGAAGAGCUUCUUCUUCUGGCUCAGCGUGAUCGUACUCCCAGCGGGCCUGGUCUCACUUCUGGCCUACUGGUUCUACAAGAGAUCGGGCCAUAUGAAGGGCACUAUCCGUCUGCCGGACGGAAUGACGCGCCCGUCUCUGUCGACCGACGCCGGGCUGGUAGACACCAUCGCUAGCGUUCCUUGGUACCUCCUCGGGCUGGCGACAGUAGCGAUCACCGCUAUUGAGAACAUCCGCAUCCCCUGGCUCAGCGGACUGUUCCGCUCUCGCAGAGGGUACAGGACUGUGGCGGUGGACGAGGACGCCCAGGUGCUGCGCUUCGAGGACGAGGAGUCGUAGGCUGAAGGUUCGCCGACAGGUAGGGAGAAGAAGGAACGUAGAAAAACACACAUUCUGAUACCAUCGUUCAUGCUCUACCCCGUUCCGAAUUCUCGCAUCCUGCUUCCUGAUCUUGGC